CGUUGUUGCCAUUAUUCGUCUGCCUCGCAGCGCUUGGGGGAAAGGAGUGUUGGGCAAGCUCUGGGCAAAAGGUUGAAGGCAGCAGCUUCCGUGUGGCUUCACAUCCUGUGUAGGCAUGUGCACGCCAUUCGCACAUGCCCGUUUCGGCUGGAGACUGGGCAGUUUUUGCUCUCGCACCGGCAAGACCACAGAAGCAGCAUCGUACGGAGGAGAGAGGUAGAAGCAGACAGAGUCAGGGAGAGGGGGGAAACCCAGACAGACCAACCAACCGAGAGAAGAGGGUGGGUGGAGGAGUCGCCUCUACGUUUCUGGUUCCUGGCGUUCCAACAAGUGAAUCCUCGCUAUGCGUUGACAAAGAGAGGCAAGAGCUUGACACCAAUGAAAUACACAAAAUUGUAUCUCUGCGCUGAUCCUGUCGGGAAACCAUGGGAGCCGCGUUCGCUCGCGUGGGGCCAAGUCAUCUCCCUGACGCGCUGCUUCGGGGACUGCUGAAAAGGUGAGGCUGGAAACUUUGCCAUGCGCCAGCAGGCACUGCCAGUUCAGUGCCUGACUCCCCCUUUUCCCCGGCUGAUCUUCCGAUGGGCAGCUUUUUUGCUUGAAUGGCACACGCCGGCGGGGACGCUGACAUGGAUCUGACCUGAAGUCGCAUCAGGGGUCAUUCUGAAAAAGAAACCCAAGUGUGGCUCUAGGUCCUUUCAAUACGUAUCUCUCUGAAGUAGGAGGAUCGAAGGGAGGAAUCUUUUGCUAUUGACUAAGGUGACUAGUCACUGGUAAUUUGGAACCGGCGACUGGGGCUCCCAGCUAAGUUGUCCGCACGGUGAACUACCCGUGGGCUUCGCUUCCUUAUUUCUUGUCUUUUUAACGCGACCCAUCCGAUUCGUCAGCCCGAGAAGACGCGCCAGAGAUGGGGCGAGAAGACGCUGCUAUGCCUUGCCGCCUGUUUUGAGCCACGUGGGCACUGACUAGUCAUUUGUAAAGCUCAACAACUGUCAUGAAAAAGCCAGGAAGGAAACUGCCCCCGAACUCCGGCAGCAACAGCAGCGUGUGCUUUGAAACGGUGAAUUUCUCCCACUGGGGCUUUUUGACUGAGGAAGAGGCGAGUCUCUUUCCUGCUGUCAUCGGUUAGAGAGGCGGAUGGGGGAGGAAAUCCAUUCAUUCAGUUCUGCAGGUGUGUAAUCAGCCGUAGCCGCCGAAUCUCCUGUGGACCUACAACCGAGCAACAUCAACAACAACAACAUCCCAGCCCUCUGCAAAGGAUCAGGUUUCUGGUGCUUGUGCGUGCGAUCUUUUUUAAUUAUAAGAUUUUCCCCUCCCCCUUCCCUGCCUCUCUUCCUUCCUCCUGUGUGCUCCACGCCGAGGAGUGGGCGCUCGACUGAAAUUGGUCGGCAAGUGUGCCUAAUCCCCACCUUGAUCCCCACCCGACAUCCCACUCCUGAACCAAAAAACAAAACCAGCCUCGCACUUGGCUUGGCAGAAAAGAGCAGCGACCAUUCAAAAGAAACAAAGAAAGAAAGAGGUGUUGCCACUCAUUAGAUCGGGGUUUCCUUCCUUUUCUGAGCCCAAAACAAAAGCCUCCCUUUCUCUGGAGAGUCGCUCUUGCUAUUUAAAGUCAGACAAUGAGGCGCCGGGAAACUCCCCUAGGCAGCCUGGAGGGAGGCAAAGCGCUUUAGCACCCACCGCGCGCCAAGGGGAAGAGAAGGAGAGUUUGCCUGCCAGGUCCGCUUCAGCCCGAAGGGGAAGCUCCCGCCUGCCUGGGCUCCCCGAUGGUUUUGCCUCGACUCUGGGAGAGCUUCAGAUUCCAUCGUGCGCGCCUCGCCCUCCUGAGCUGCUUCUGCACUAGAAUGUUGCGGCAGGUCUUGCACAGGGGGCUGAGAACGUCUUUCGCUAGACUCGGCCACUUCAUUGCCAGCCACCCGGUCUUCUUCGCCUCCGCACCUGUGCUCAUCUCCAUCUUGCUGGGGGCCAGUUUCAGCAGGUACGAGAUCGAAGAGAGCGUCGAGCACCUGCUGGCCCCCAAACACAGCCUGGCCAAGAUCGAGAGGAACCUGGUCAACAGCCUCUUCCCCGUCAACCGCUCCAAGCACCGGCUCUAUUCCGACCUGCAGACCCCUGGGAGAUACGGCAGGGUCAUCAUUACAUCCUUUGUGAAGGCGAACAUGCUGGACCAGCACCACACCGACCUGAUCUUAAAGCUGCACUCUGCUGUGACCAGAAUCCAAGUGCAAAGACCUGGUUUCAAUUACACAUUUGCCCACAUCUGCAUCCUAAAUAAUGACAAGUCUUGCAUAGUGGAUGACAUUGUGCACGUCCUGAAGGAACUGAAGGCUGCUCACUUGUCCAAUCAAACUAAUUUUGCUAUUACAUAUCCAAUCACACGCUUGAAGGAUGGCAGGGAGGUGUACAAUGGGCACCAGCUUGGUGGGGUCACUGUGCACAGCAAAGACCAGGUGAAGUCUGCUGAAGCCAUCCAGCUCACCUACUACUUGCAGGCAAUUAACGCCAUGAAUGACAAAGUGGCAGAAAAAUGGGAAUCCAACUUUUGCGACACUGUUGAACUUUUUCAGAAAUCCAACAGGAAUGUCACGAUGUAUCCCUUCACUUCAUCAUCUCUUCAGGAGGACUUCCAGAAGACAAGCAGGGUGUCAGAACGUUAUCUAACCACAAGCCUGGCUCUUGUGGUCACUUUGGCCAUGCUGUGUUGUUCCAUGCAAGACUGUGUCCGCAGCAAACCCUGGCUUGGCCUCCUUGGGUUGUUAACUGUGAGCUUGGCCACUCUCACUGCAGCUGGAAUCAUUAAUCUAACUGGUGGGAAAUACAAUUCUACCUUCCUGGGAAUUCCCUUCAUCGUGUUAGGUCAUGGGUUAUAUGGAACAUUUGAAAUGUUGUCCUCCUGGAGGAAAACGAGAGAAGACCAACACGUUAAAGAGAGGACUGCAGCUGUAUUUGCAGACUCCAUGCUCUCCUUUUCUCUCACCACUGCCAUGUACCUGGUCACUUUUGGGAUAGGUGCCAGCCCCUUCACUAACAUUGAAGCAGCAAGGAUCUUCUGCUGCAAUUCCUGUAUUGCAAUUUUCUUCAACUACCUCUUUGUACUCUCCUUUUAUGGUUCCAGCCUCGUGUUUACUGGCUACAUAGAAAACAACUACCAGCAUAGUAUCUUCUGCAGAAAGGUACCAAAGCCAGAGGUAUUGCAAGAGAAACCUGCCUGGUAUAGGUUUCUUCUGACAGCCAAAUUCAGCGAGGACACAACAGAGUCAGAGGAAACAAACAGUUACGAAAGUCACCUUUUGGUGUGUUUUCUCAAGCGUUAUUACUGUGACUGGAUAACGAAUACUUACGUCAAGCCUUUUGUAGUUCUCUUUUACCUUAUUUAUAUUUCCUUUGCCUUAAUGGGCUACCUGCAGGUCAAUGAAGAGUCAGACCUGAAUAACAUUGUAGCAACUGCGACACGAACCAUGGAGUAUACUGCUGCUCAGCAGAAGUACUUCAGCAAUUACAGCCCAGUCAUUGGGUUUUAUAUUUAUGAAUCAAUAGAAUACUGGAACAUGACCGUUCAAGAUGACAUGCUAGAGUACACCAAGGGGUUUGUGAGGAUAUCUUGGUUUGAGAGCUACUUAAAUUACCUUAGAAAACUCAACAUAUCCACUGGAUUACCCAAAAAGAAUUUUACAGAUAUGCUGAGGAACUCCUUCCUGAAAGCCCCCCAGUUUGCCCAUUUUUCUGAGGAUAUCAUUUUUUCCAAGAAGUAUAACAAUGAAGUUGAUGUCGUAGCCUCUAGAAUGUUCUUGGUGGCUAAGACAAUGGAAACCAAACGAGAAGAGCUUUAUCGUCUCCUGGAAACCUUAAGAAAGCUCUCUCUCAAAUCAAAGGUUAAAUUCAUUGUUUUCAACCCAUCAUUUGUAUACAUGGAUCGCUAUGCCUCAUAUGUGGGGGCCCCCUUGCAGAACUCCUGCAUCAGUGCUUUAUUCCUGCUCUUCUUCUCUGCAUUUCUGGUGGCAGACUCUCUCAUCAACGUAUGGCUCACGCUCACUGUUGCCUCAGUCGAAUUUGGAGUUAUAGGUUUUAUGACCCUGUGGAAAGUAGAACUGGACUGUAUUUCUGUGUUGUGCUUAAUUUAUGGGAUUAAUUAUACAGUUGACAACUGUGCACCUCUCUUGUCAACAUUUGUCCUGGGCAAAGAUUUCACAAGAACUAAAUGGGUAAAGAAUGCCCUGGAAGUGCACGGGGUAGCUAUUUUACAGAGCUACCUCUGCUAUAUUGUUGGUCUGAUUCCUCUCGCAGCUGUGCCUUCAAAUCUGACCCGUACACUGUUCAGGUGCUUGUUUUUGAUAGCAUUAGUCACCUUCUUUCAUUGCUUUGCCAUUUUACCUGUGAUACUGACUUUUCUGCCACCGUCCAAGAAAAAGAGGAAAGAGAAGAAAACUCCUGAGAACAGGGAGGAAAUAGAAUCCCAGUGGAUGCUGAAUGAAAUGGACUGUACAUCUGUUAAUGAGAGGGUGAAAGCCACACAGAUUACUUUUCUUAUAUGGGACAGUAGAUGCAAAAAAACUGAGGAUCUUAGGAUAUGGACACAGCAUGCUCAUUUUGACUGACAGAAUCUAGAAUGAACCCAGCCGGAUCAUGUGCCCUCUUUACUGAAUUGACAAGAUAAAAUUAGCUCUGGACACUCUCAUGCUGGGAAGACCCGAGGAUGAAUGUUUAACCUUUGAUGAGCACAUGUGUAAUGUAUGUGCAUCAAAAAUAGACUCUAUGGCUCUGGUAUCAAUAUUAUCAAGCUUUCAAUGAGCAUGGAGGGAAGGAAGGAAAUCUCAGGUAACUAAGCAAUGUGAUGAAAUGAAUUCACACUAAUUCUUUUCCUUAAAGUUCUGUGUGGUUUAUAGCCACUGGUGAGGGAAAGAUGUCCUAAGAAAUAAAUACAUUUGGAAGCCUGCAAUUUAUUUUCUGUCUUGCAAGAGAAACUCUUCUCUCAAUUGUUUUUCUUAUAAAAUUCCCAGAAUUCAGCCACUAGGGUUUAAUGGCUCCCCUAACACUCUUUUGCAAUUGUAAGCACUCAGGGGUUUCACUGAAAAGGGUGGCUGGAUGCAGCUUCAGGACUAAUUGUAUCCUACAACGUUAUGUAAUUAUGCACCAACAGCUGAAAGGACACAAUUUUAAGUCGACCUGUUGUGACAGACACUGUGUAAUGUCAUACAAUCAAAUGCAAUGUUUAGUAAACAUAAACCUCUUUGUCAUUUUGUAUUUAUUUAUACAGGUUUAAAAAAAAUAAAGCACACAUUU